AUGGGGCAAACAUUGCAGGAUACAUUGAAAGGCCAGAGCAAGGAGCUUGCAGAGGCCGUGAAACGCACGGCGACAGGAGACAAAGGAAAGUUGGUGCUAGUGGACACCAAAGGGCUCGGGAAGCCGAGCACGUUUUCAGGAGAUGCUGAGCAAUUUCUUCCGUGGCGUCACAGGAUGCUUGCCUACAUCUGUUCUAUCUAUCCGGAACUUCGUGAAGCUCUGGAGUGGUGCGAGGAACGGGAAAAGGCAAUCAGCACAGAAGAGCUUACGGAAGCAUACGGCGAAAAAGCUGACGAGAUAGAUCGCAUUCCGAAUCUGUUCGAAAAGUCGACGGAGCUGUCUUCGGCGCUGCAGACGGUCACUGCGAAAGAGCUAGCUCGGAGGUACGACCCGUCGACAGCCUCGAGAAAGAGAUCGAUGCUCAAGUCUGUGAUCAAUCCGCAAAAGCAGAAGUUGGAGCAUUUGCCGCAAGCUAUCGAAGAAUGGCUUGAUGCGAUUGCUUCGUACGAGAAGAGAAAGGACGCGAGCGGGAACAGAACAAAGAUCCCGGAGGAGAUAAAGACCGCAGCGCUUGAGUCCAUGCUACCGCAAGACCUGGAAGCGCAUGUGCAGCUGAGCCAGUCGAAGUUUUCUGGGUUUGAGGAUCUUCUUGAAGAGGUCACCAGGUAUGUUGAGCAUCGUACCGGGAAGACCUUGAAGGCAUUCUCUACGACCCAAGUCGCCGGCAAAGGAGACCUUGGAGACCCGAUGGAUGUUUCAUCUUUUGGGCAAGUCCAAGGAAAGGGCGGCAAAGCGCCAAAGUUUCUGGGUACCUGCAACAACUGCGGCAAGCAGGGCCACAAGGCCGCUGAUUGCUGGUCUCCAGCGAAGGGCGGCAAAGGAAGCUACAGCAAGAGUCCAGGGAAAGGUUCGCCGAAGGGACCCGGCAAGGGGAGCCCAAAGGGAAGUAAAGGUCCCAAAGGAAAGACACCGAAAGGAAAGUCCGGCGGGAAAGCGCCGAAAGGAAAAGGAGGCAAGAAAGGAAAGGGCAAAGGAGGAAAACACGCCAACAGCCUCGAAGAGACGACCGGAAGCAACGACCAGGAAACGUGGAACGAGCAACCAGAGCAAGACGAAUCCUGGGAACAAGGCGAAUGGCCUGAAGACCAGGGCUGGGAAGACUGGCCCGAGGAAACCGAGUGGAAAGAAGGAAACGGGAUGUCGGACUUCGGGGACCGCCUUCGGAGUGCCGGCUUGGACCCGUCCCGGCUGGAAGGGCUUACGGACGACGAGGGACCAAAGGCAGCGGAGGCCAAGCCGAAGGAGCCAGAGCCCAAAGCGAAGGAAGAGCCCAAACCGGGCGAAGCCAAGGAGAAAGAAGCCAAGGCGAAGGAAGCCAAGGCAAAGGAGCCCAAGAAAGAAGAAGCCGAGAAGGCAAAGCCGAAGCCGAAAGAGAAAGAGAAGAGCAAGGCCAGCUCGGGCGUUUCGCCCGGAGCGCGGCUGAAGCCUAUCUUUGUGUGCCCUCCUGAGGGGCCACCGCCUUUGAGAAGGGCGGUGUCUGGAAGCGCAAGGCCGACGGAGCCGGUAAAGGCUCCAGAGCCGAGGGCUAGGGCGGCUACCUUGCCACCUAAGCCCAAGGUUUUGCCGAAGGCUCCGGUGCCAGGGCCCAAGUCGCCCAAGACCCCGGAGAAGGAGCCAGAGAAAAAGGAAGAGAAAGAAGAGGGAGAAGAAGAGGAUGAGCCCGAGCCGGCAAGUGGCAGCGCAGACGGAAUGGGCAAAGAUGUCCUACGAAGAGAGAAGGGAGCACCAAGCUGGGAUCCGAAGGCUGCUGCCACCAGGGACGGUCGGGCAGCAUAUCCUCAAGAAGCAGGGAAGUGCCUGCAGCACGUGCAGGACAAGGCGGAAGAAAACGAGGAAAGCUGUGCAAGAGUACCUGCAGAGGAAGAAUACGAGAGCCUUAAGAGGCCACUGCCGGUGGGGCUCGCAAGGAGCCUGCUGCACCGGGAAGGCAUGCUGAAGCCACCGGGUGAAAGGAAAGGCUCCGGCAAGAGAGGAGCCAAAGACGAUGAGAAAAGUGAGAAAGAGGAAGACAUGAAAGACGAGGAAAUGGAAACUGUGAGCGUGGAGCCGGAAGCCGGCAGCGACCACGAAGAGGACCAAGAGGAAGAGCCAAUGGAAGAAGAUGUGACCAUAGAGGUCAAGGAGUACAAGGAACCUGGCGAGAAAGAGAUCGCGCAGGCGAAGCUGGAGCACGCUGCAAGGAUCAGUGCUCUUCGCCAAAAAAGGAACAAGGCCUAUGCAGAGGCAAUGGCCAGCCAGCCGAAGGCGAGCAGUGCAAAGGCAGAGGCCAGCCAGCCGAAGGCGAGCGAGGCCAAGGCUAGUGGGCCUAAGGCGGCGAGUGCCGCGUUGAUGUCUUCGUCGACGGUGAUGCAGAACCUUCUGCACGGCAGUCUGCUUGGAGGCCUCAUGGCGGACCGAAGCCGUCUGCUGAAGAGGCUCGACGAGCUUGCGAAGCUCAAGAAGGAAGAGAUGAAUGAAAAUGAUCAUGAAGAAAAGGCGAAUAUCGAGGUGGAGCUGGAUAGCAUCCUCGAGAAGAUCACCAAGCUCAAGGAGCGUGGCCGUGCAAAGGCAACACCGGCGAAGGCCGGAAGGUUGGACCAAAGCACGCACGAUGCGCGGUAUCGUGCUGCACGGGCCGAGGGCGUUCCACACGCCAAGGCGUGGAAGGAGGAGAAAGCCCGGCGGCGUGCGGCGGAGCAGCGCCGCAGCGGAACCAAAGAGCGCGGCAAGAAGGUUGACAAUGUCAAGGUGGAUGCCAUGGAGACAGUGGUGAUAGAUGCUUCUGGGAAGCAGGUCGCCAAGGAAGAGGCGACAGACCUGGCGGCGAAGCCUUUGAGCCGCAAGGAGCGGACCUACUACCGCCAGGAGUACGACGAGGAGCUGAAGGAGAUCGAGAAAAGAGAAAGUCGAGACGCCGCGGGACCCAGACGAAAGAAAGAAGAUCAACGAGAAGAGAGCGAUGAGAAGAAAGAGGAAGAAGAUGAUGAUGAAGAUGAAGAUUGGGGCGGAUGGAAGCGGCCCGACAAAGGGCCCGAGGACCCCAAGGAUCCUCCCGAGGGCGACGCAGUGGUUGCCUCUGUUGAGGUGAGCCUGGCCACGAAUGCCGUUUCGGCGUCCGGCGGCCAAAGCCAAGGUCCACAGGACCAGCGUGUCGAGGUGAACUUCGACAGCGGUGCUGCCGUGACGGUGGUGCCAAUGAAGUAUGGCCGCGGAAACGAGAAGCCUCGUGAGGACAUGAAGUUCAAGACGGCGAGCGGCCAGAACAUACCCGACUAUGGGCCAAUUCGGCUCAAGGGUACGACCUCGAGCGGCAACUGUGCCACACUUUGUGGCCGCCUAGCCGACGUGCACCGAGUGCUUGGAUCGGCCUCGGACAUCUGCCGAUCUCACCACGCCGUUCUUGGAGAGAACGGUGGUUACCAUAUUCCCAAGGGAAAUGAAUUCGGAAAGGACUUCGAUGCAAUGAUGAGGAAGAAGCAACCCGAAGAGCGCUACGAAGCUCCACGUGCGACGUGGGGUUUACGUCUUGGACCUUGCCUGCGGCCCUUUUGCGGGGCAGCAAGACGCGUAAGGCCAAGGGUGAGAGGUAGCGAAGUUUCACCGGUAGAGGUUUCACCUAGUGACGGAGUGGCCCCGGCGGUUGGUGAACACCAGGGGCCCGUAGAAGAGAGUGAGAGAGUGGAGAGUAGAAGGGGAGUGGCCAUGGGACGCUAUGUGGGUACAGCGAGUAGGAACGCGGACCUCCUCGUGAUGACGCCCACUGGUGUUGUUAAAGGACACUCUUUACACCGAAGGCCAGAAGAGGACCGUUGGUCGAAGGAGGGGUUCGACCAGUUGAGAAGUUUGCCGUGGAAGUGGACCAACCCAGUUGAGCGAGCACCGCCCAACCGUGUGGACAUGCUUGAACUUGUUGGUGAACAGCCUGUUCCUGACCCGAAAGAAUACAGGGCGAGGAACCUCUACGUUCUCAAGAGCGACGUAGAGAAGUAUGGCUACACCACUCUGUGUCCAGGGUGUGAAGCGUUGAUGCUGGGAUUGCCACAGCGGAGUCACAGCCCCGAGUGUCGACUCCGUAUCCAAAGGCACCUCGUGGAAGCCGAGGAAGGAAAACAAAGGGUGCAGAGAGCACUCGACAGACAAGAGAAAGACUACUCCACAAAAGCGCGGAAGAAGCGAAAGGCCGAAGAGCAACCUGUUCUGGAAGGUCAGCCUGCUGAUGGCGAGAUCGCUGCUGAAGAAGCAGCUGGUGCGCCACUUGAGCGUCCUAGUCCAAUGCAGGACGACAGCUCUACCCAGCGACCCCAGAAGCGCGAGGCAGAGCAACAUGUCGAAGACCUUUACAGGGAAGAACAAGGCACCGACGAGCCUGAGAUCGUCGGAGCUAACCUCCAAGGCAGAGGCACAGGUUCCGGAGGAGAGAACACCGACCUAUCCUACAAACAGGUGGAGUCAGGCGUGGACGUCAAAGCCUCUGUUCCUCUGAACGAGGGACUGUGUCUCAGCGUUGAAGACAAGGGUUGGAAACUUCGGAAGCAGGACGAAGUGGAAGCUUUGUUCAAGAAGCUGGCGAAGAAGGAGAAGGAGAAAGAAGUGCUUGAAGCAGGGAGAAAACAAGUGAGGACCUGCGUCGAAGCCUUCCAAUACCAGGUGGGACAACAGAAGUACUAUCUUCAAGAAUGCCCCAAGGGAGCGAAGUCUUGGGAGCACACUCAGUACCAACAGCUGAGUGAAGAGUCCUAUGUGGUCGAAGGGCCAAUGUGCAGGUGGACUGUUGACAAUAGCGGAGGGAAUCUCCAAGGAGCGAACUUCAAGAAGAAGACUCGCUGGAUCACAAACUCCGCUGCCCUAGCUGCAGCAUUGAAAAAGGUGUGUACACAAGGACCGAAGGAAAGAGUUUGGCAAAGAGACCUCACGUUUGAGGAGGGGAAGGUUGCAGCGAAGCUGCGCUAUCCUCCCAAGUUAGCUCAUGCGAUUGCCAAGGGCAUUCGAGCGCAGUUGGUGCUCGAUGGUGAGCUUCAAGUCAUCGGUUCUGUAGCGGGACCCGAUCCACACGAAGAGCCGAACUUCGAAGAGCAUCAUUACGACACCCUGCCAAGGGCGGAUGAGCUAUACGUGAAGACUCCGGUGAUUGAUGCAAAUACCGGUGCCGAGCUCGACCCAGAAAAAGUUGCAAAGGCACGCUUAACUGAACUUGAAUGGGUCAAGCAGCAAAGUGUAUACACAAAGGUCGAUGAAACCAUUUGUUGGCAAGAGACCGGAAGACCACCCAUUACGCUAAAAUGGGUAGAUAGGAAUAAAGGGGACAACGUCAACGAGAACUACAGAAGCAGACUUGUAGUUCGAGAAGUUAAGUCUCAAGGUCAGGCAGCAUUGCCCGAACACGUACUCUUUAGCUCUAUGCCGCCUCUCGAAGCGGUAAAGCUGUUGUGUUCGUUGAUGACCACUCUGCGCGUCUCGCGCAGAGGAGGCAAGUUGUCUCUUCGGUUGAUUGACAUCAGCCGUGCCCACUUCUAUGGUCGUGCCACAAGACGUGUGUUCGUUACACUUCCAGAAGGUGAUGAGUCUGAGGGCAAGUGUGCGCUCUUACUCAAAACGAUGUACGGAACGCAAGAUGCUUCAAGCACGUGGCAGAGAGACUAUAGUGAGCUCAUGAAGAAAUAUGAGUUCGUUGCGGGCAAAGCUUGGCCGUGUAUCUUCUACUGCGAGAAGGAGGACAUCCGACUACUAGUCCAUGGAGAUGACUUCUUCUGUUUAGCAGAUGAUGAAGGCAAUGCAUAUCUGGAUAAAGCCCUGACGGAGCGCUACGAGUAUCGGUGUGAUGGACACAUCGGACCCAACCAUGGGGAACAGAUGGUCGUACUGAAUCGUUUGAUCUGCUACAGCAAAGAGACUGGAAAGGUCACCUACGAAGCGGACCCCAGACACGUGGAAGCGUUAGUCAGAGAGCUGAAUCUGGAGUCUGCGAAAGCAGCCAAGACUCCUGCGGAAAAGAAGAAACAAGGAGAAGCGAUGAAAACGCUUGAGAUGCCACCAAUGAAUGAAGCGAUGCAGAGAAACUAUCGCUCUAUAACCAUGAGGGCCGCAUUCUUGGCGCGAGAUCGGCCGGAUAUCGCCGAAGCUACAAAGAGUCUAGCCAGACACAUGAAAGCUCCAAACGAAGCUGCGUGGGCAGACCUAAAAAGGCUUGGACGGUAUCUUCGUGGUAAGCCGAGGUUGGUAUACGAGUACCACCCUCAACGGUUCCAGAAGGACCUGACCGUGUACUGUGAUUCAGACCAUGCGGGAUGUCUCAUCACGCGGAGGUCCACGACGGGGAUCGUUACUAUGCAUGGAUCGCAUUGCAUCAAGCAUAGCUCCAACGUGCAGACUACCGUGAGUCUAUCGUCUGGAGAAAGCGAAUUCUAUGCAAUAGUGAUGCUGAAGCAGUAG